UGCUUGUAAGGGAAUGCUGGGCUCUCUGUCUAAUGUUGGACUCUCUGUCUAAUGCUGGGCUCUCUGUCUAAUGUUGGACUCUCUGUCUAUUGCUGGGCUCUAUGUCUAAUGCUGGGCUCUCUGUCUAAUGUUGGACUCUCUGUCUAAUGCUGGGCUCUCUGUCUAAUGUUGGACUCUCUGUCUAAUGCUGGGCUCUCUGUCUAAUGUUGGACUCUCUGUCUAAUGUUGGACUCUCUGUCUAUUGCUGGGCUCUAUGUCUAAUGCUGGGCUCUCUGUCUAAUGCUGGGCUCUCUGUCUAAUGCUGGGCUCUCUGUCUAAUGCUGGGCUCUAUGUCUAAUGUUGGACUCUCUGUCUAAUGCUGGGCUCUCUGUCUAAUGUUGGACUCUCUGUCUAAUGUUGGACUCUCUGUCUAUUGCUGGGCUCUAUGUCUAAUGCUGGGCUCUCUGUCUAAUGCUGGGCUCUCUGUCUAAUGUUGGACUCUCUGUCUAAUGCUGGGCUCUCUGUCUAAUGCUGGGCUCUCUGUCUAAUGCUGGGCUCUCUGUCUAAUGCUGGACUCUAUGUCCAAUGCUGAGAUAUCAAUCUAAUGCUGGGAUCUCUGGCUAAUGCUGGGCUCUCUGUCUAAUGUUGGACUCUGUCUAAUGUGGACUCUCUGUCUAAUGCUGGGAUCUCUGUUUAAUUUUGAACACUCUGUCUAAUGCUGGGCUCUCUGUCUAAUGCUGGGAUCUCUGUCUAAUGCUGGGCUCUCUGUCUAAUGCUGAGAUAUGUAUCUAAUGCUGGUCUCUCUGUGUAAUACUGGGAUUGGGGCAGGUUUCUGUUUAACAUACCAUGAUCCCCUAGCUAUGAAUUUUCAGGGACAGUCUGAGGCAGGGCUGGUGACUACUGCAGGCAACAUGCAGAGACUGCUGAGCAUCAGGGACAGAGUCAUGCAGCGCUGGCUUUCCUCCUGUAUUGUCACAACUGCAUUCCUGCAUGUGCUGCGCUCUUUGCACAUAAGCCCCAGUAACUGCUUGUUGUGCUCACAAUAUAUUGCUGUUGGGUGACUGCUGUGUGUCCGUGUCUGUCCCUCCUAUGGCUUUAAGGAUAAAGCCUGGAUAUUAGCGAAAAGCAAUGUGUCCUGAUAUCUAUAGGGAGCAGGUAGAUGUCCAGAUGUCUGGAUUUUAGGAGAAGAACCUGAACCUGAAGUGUAAAUCUGUCUUUCUGAUGUCCAAUCCCUUGUUAUUACAAAGAUUUGGUAAGUGGAGUUUAUAAUAUUAGGAAAUAGUUGGAGUCUCGUGUCCUAGACGUUAGAUAUAGGUGUUCUGGUGUCUGUAUAUUAAUAUAUUAACACUGGAACUGCCUGUUUAUUGGGAGAAUGAUUGUGUCUAUGUAUUGAGAGAUUGUGAGUGUGUAGAGUUAGACUAUGUGUAUUGACAUGAGCCCAGUGCUACAUUUUCCAUUAGUCAAUAUAUUAGGAGGCCUGUGUAUUACAAGGAGGCCCCUUUAUCAAUAUCAGUCAGUAUGUAUGACCUCCAAUGACUUUGUAUUACAAGUAUAAUGUUUGUAGUCUAUUGUCUCUCUAUUGGGAUGAGGAAAGGGGCAGGAGGUGCCAUCUGUGGAUUUAGAGGAGGCUGUUGACAUAUAAGGAAGGAGUGAAAGGUAAGUGUGGCCUUUAUAACCGGAGCAGGUGAGAUAUGGAAAUCCCCGGGGUUUAUUUAUGAGCAGAAGGUGAGAGGACAAGGUCCCCAAUGUUGUGCAGUAAGAGAAAGUGAAAUGAUCAGGUCCCUGGUGUCUGUGUAUGAGGAGGGACAGUGAGGAGCUGUGAUAUAAGAGGCAGGUACUGGGAGGAGACGGCAGGUAAGUGCCAUACACUGUGUGUCACCUGGAGAUGACAGGUAGGUACUUGAUGUCUGUGGAUCAGAAGGAGAUUGGUUCCCAGUAGCAAUCGUUAUCUUUGUAUUAUGACAAAAUGAGUGACUUGUGUGUGUGAAGAACAGAUGGGAGGUCGAUACUGAAUAAAUGUCGAUUAUAAAAAAGUGGGAGGUUGGUGCUCAGGUCUAUGCGGUGGAGUAGGUGUGUAGUGCCCAUGUGCAGCUACUAUAUGUGCGUGUCCUAUAGGCUGAGUAUGAGGGGCAUGUGCAGGGGUGCCAGGCUGGGCCCUAUGUUCUUACACUGCUGCAAGUACACUUUGUUGCUUUUACCCUGUAUAACAGUGCCCAGGAGCUGACACUCAAGGCUUCCAUUUCUCAUUUGCCUUCUUUACCAGCUACUUAUUCUCCCCUCCUCCUCCUCGUGUGUCUUGUUGCAUCUGAUCAGAUCAGGCCAAUGAUGGCAUCUGGGGUGCCACUUAACCCUGCGAGCGCUUGUUGUGUUUGCAGCAGACGUGCCACUGUCCCCUCCCUGAGUCCAAGAGGACAGACCUGUGUCUGAUGUCUGUACAGUCCAGUUGAGAGAGCAAGUUUACAGGAAGAGAGAAGACAUGGGGGAGUGGGGCUUCCUAAGCUCGUUGCUGGAUGCAGUGCAGGAGCACUCUCCUAUGGUGGGACGUUUCUGGCUGGUGGUUAUGCUCAUAUUCCGCAUCCUUAUCUUGGCCACGGUUGGGAGUGAUAUGUUUGAAGACGAGCAAGAAGAGUUUGUGUGUAACACCAUGCAGCCGGGUUGCAGACAGGUCUGCUACGACCGUGCCUUCCCCAUCUCCCACUAUCGGUUUUGGGUUUUUCACAUUGUGCUGUUAUCGGCCCCAGCUGUGCUUUUCGUCAUUUACUCCAUGCAUCAGAAUUCCAAGAUGGGAAGAGACGCCGAAGAGGAGGAAGCCGCAAGAGCUGUGCAGCAGACUAAUGUGAGGUCAAAAACAAGGGCAGACCAGCGCGGGCGACACAUACGUACCUUUUAUAUCGUCAAUGUGGUGAUGAGGAUUUUAGCAGAGGUCGGAUUUCUUGUCGGACAGUGGCUUCUCUAUGGGUUUAGGGUGGACGCUCAAUAUCUUUGCCAACGUGCUCCCUGCACGCAUACUGUGGAUUGCUUUGUAUCAAGGCCCACAGAAAAGACAAUUUUCCUUCAAUUUUACUUUGUGGUGGGCGUCAUCUCUGCCUUUCUUAGUGUGUGUGAACUUCUGCACAUUCUGCUAAAGGGAAAGUGUAGGUCGGUGGAGGCUGAUGGCCCAAGCCCACCUCCAGCCUACGAAAGGGACAACUGGUCUAACCGGGAGCAUGAGAGAACCAAUCAUUUCUUGCUCCAAAGUCAAACACGGGACAACAGGGAAAUCCGAAGACCUGAUGGACACCGGCUCUCCAUCCCAUACUCUCAAAGCACAACCUACAAGCUCAAGGUGGUUCCCAGCUCAUCUAAUAGUAGCAAAUCUACCAGGUUACUCGUCAAAGGAGAUUUAACUGUGUAGUAGGGAAUGUGUUAACUUUUCUGCUUUAAACUUGUUACUACAAAAACAAGGCUUUAUUGGAAAGUAUCUCCAUUUCUCAAAAGAUAAUCCUCGUAGUAACUGGGAUACAGAACAUGGCUUCUUGGCUUAGGAAACAAACAUUUGUGUAUUAUUGUUACUCUAGGAUUUCAGACUCUCCUCUGCAAAGACAUCGGAAAAACAAACGCCAAAUGCCCUCGCAUUAAGGUCUCUGCUGUUUCAACAAAUUGGCCAGGCGUGAGGCCCAUUAAAUAUGUGCCAGAUGUUUAACAUAGUGGGUGAACUCUUCUUGACAACAUUAUCUCCUGAGUGCCUUAAAGGUAAAACAUACCCGAUGUAUAUAUGGCAAUCAUCUUCCAUUUGUUUUCCAGUUUAUAAACAAGCACAAUGUGACAUUUUCUCCAGCUAGAUAGGAGCUGACAUAUUUCUUGCCUCGUAUGAGAGACUCGUAGCACCAACAGUCAUAUGUUGUUCCUCAGUGGGGCAAUCACUUGUCCAAGGGGAGCAAUAUGUCAGCUCUGUUACGUUAUGGUUUAUAAGGGCAAAUAAAUGGAGGAUACAAAACACUGUAUAUCUGUAGGGUAUGUUUCAUUUCAACCUAACGAUUAGCCAGUGGGGUAGGUGAAAUGUGCCUUUGUGGAGAAAUAGGGUGCUAUUAAAAACAUAAAAACAACAAGCUGCACCUUUGAGACAGUUUAUUGCCAAAAUUCCUCGUUCAUUUAUAUAUGCACUCUCCCUCUGUGGCUUGCCAUGUUGUCAUACCAGCUUGAAGAGUGAAUCGCUAGGCUAUAAUAACAGAAUAAUGUCCUACUUUUCACCCAUGUCACAGUUCUCACUUCCUGCGUUAUUUAUAUAUGUAAAUAUUUGUAUUUUUUAAGUAUUUUUAUUGCUUUAAAAGUAAAGGCAGGGCUUAGAAUAUUUGCUUUACCCUGUCUUUCUUCAUAUGAUGAAUGCAACAGUUGUGUAUUUUGUGUGAUACUACAAUACCAUUGGCCCAUGCUACGUAGCAGAUUUAGUCCAUACAUACAGUUCCCAUAUGUGAUUUCUGCAAGGUAUAGCCUGAGAAAAUGACUUCUGGAGGCAUGUCAGAUACUUCUAGGGAUCUAUCACCAGCAAAGUCAUUAAAAUGGGAUAUUGGCAACCGAUCCACCCAAUGUAGCAUCUAAAUUGACCCUGUGCAAGUCAUAGUUUUUAUAAUAAUGAGACAAGAGGUUGAUGCCACAUGAGACGCGAUUCUUUAAAUAAAGGGAUUUGCCCACGUUGGAACCAAAGUGGUUCCUACACAAGGUUGAGUCCCAGAACUUUGGCUGGGUGGGGUCUAGCCUAAGAGUAAUAAUGAUCAAAUUUGUGAAAAAUACCCAUUGGCUCUAGUUUCUCCUGUAAGCUAAGCUCGAUGGUCAGUUACCAUGAGACUUGGGUAUGAAUAUGUAUUUACUAUGCUAGAUGCAGCAAUGUUCUUAAAAUGUCUGAAAUCUUCUUAUGAGAUCAUUAGAACCCUGUCCAAAUGUAGGACCUCAUAGUGCAGCUUCAACCAAAACUGCUACAAAAACACCACCAUAGAGCAAGGUUCCUUCCACUGGGCAUUUCCAACUUGUACCAAGCCAAUAGGUUUCACAACAUUUGUUCUCCUCAAUUCUGUUUAGACAAUUUUCCAUCUGAAAUCUCUCAAAAGCUAAACACAGUGUGUCCUGGUGUGACCUCAGAGGGACAAAAACAUUUGCCUUAACUCCUCUUUUAUUUUUUACAGGUUAAAAUGCAAUAAUGUUCGGGCUGCUAUGUGUAAUUUUUUGGGCGGGGAAUCUAAUUUUAGAACUUGUAAAAUGUAUUAAUGCUCCGUUCAUUUAAUUGCGGGUGGUGAUACCUCUUCGUUGCCAAGAUAUGUCUGUAUAGCUUCGUACAGGGCAACUUGUAUCUGGAGCACUGCAAUUAAGAUAUUACAAUACGUUCAUUCAACAGGCAGCAGGGGAAACAAAGAUGGCAAUAAAUAUGCAACAUUAUAUAGAAUAAGUGAGACACAGCUGAAAGGAGGUCCUUGCCCGCAGAGCUUACAUUGACUAAAUGUUGCCAAACAGAGAAAGCUCUGGCUGCCUCUGCUUCUUCCUGAAUAUUUCAGGUAGUUUCUUACCUCAACAGACCUACUGCCAAUUAAUAGCAGUGGAACAGCAAUACUGUAUAUGUUGUUCAUUAAGGAGAGGAGCUCUCCAUCUUGGAUCUUGUUGGGCCAUCUUUUGAGUGUCAGCGGCACCGCACAUGCUCAGUGGGCCCUGGGCUGCUAGUCAGAUGCUAAGCUUAGGGAUUUUCAAACAGAUGAUGGGGCUCAGCUGUCAUUGAAGCUGAUACUAGAAGGCUGAUGCAGAAUAAUGCUCUGAUCUCUGAGCUUUUAUGUAAUUUGGCUUCUGAAUUAACAUCAACAUCUAAUUAGUUGGUCCCUAAGGCCAGAUGUGCUGUGUUCUUUAGUUUGGCACAAGUCUUCUCUACUAAAGGGGCUGUGAUCAUGUAAGGCAGCUCAACAUAUAACGUGUAGCAUUUUUUAGCCUUAUUUCUUAUGCUAUCGUUUUCCUUUAAAAGAAGCUUUGCUGUAAUUGCAGUGCAAUGAAUUAGAACAUUGAGAGUACAAAGUCUCAGCGUAUAAUGUAUUCAUCCCUACAGACCUUCCCAAACCAACUGUCAGCUCUACAUUGGCCUGUUUUUCCAGUUCUACCAGGAAAGAAAUUGCACUAACUGAUCGAUUUAAUGGCACCCAGAAUACCAUAAUGCUAUGCAUAUCUUCUCUGUGUAUAUAUAUAUAUAUAUAUAUAAAGAUUCUGUAAGCACAAUCUGCAGAUGGGAUGUAUGUAUGUAUCAUUAGCACUGCAGUCACAUGGUUUUGUUUACUCUGUACAUAAUGAGAAGCCAUGAUGCUUUUGUCUUGUAAAUACCAUGUGAAUACACCAUUUCUAAACUUU